AUGUGAGAGGCCAUGGGCAGCCAGGGCAGCCCGGUGAAAAGCUACGACUACCUGCUCAAGUUCCUCCUGGUGGGCGACAGCGACGUGGGCAAGGGCGAGAUCCUGGACAGCCUGCAGGACGGCUCAGCCGAGUCUCCCUACGCGUACAGCAGCGGCAUCGACUAUAAGACCACCACCAUUCUUCUGGAUGGCAGGAGGGUGAAGCUGGAGCUUUGGGACACGUCAGGACAGGGGCGGUUCUGCACCAUUUUCCGCUCGUACUCCCGCGGCGCUCAGGGUAUCCUGCUGGUGUAUGACAUCACCAACCGCUGGUCCUUUGACGGUAUUGACAGGUGGAUCCGAGAGAUUGAUGAACACGCACCCGGCGUGCCCCGCAUCCUGGUGGGCAACCGUCUGCACCUGGCCUUCAAGCGGCAGGUGCCCACUGAGCAGGCACGGGCCUACGCCGAGAAGAACGGCAUGACCUUCUUCGAGGUGAGCCCGCUGUGCAACUUCAACGUAAUUGAGUCCUUCACGGAGCUGUCGCGCAUCGUGCUGAUGCGGCACGGCAUGGAGAAGUUCUGGAAACCCAACCGAGUCUUCAGCCUCCAGGACCUGUGCUGCCGGGCCAUCGUGUCGUGCACACCGGUCCACCUUAUUGACAAGCUGCCGCUGCCUGUGGCCAUCAAGUCACACCUCAAGUCCUUCUCCAUGGCCAACGGCAUGAACGCCGUCAUGAUGCACGGACGCUCGUACUCGCUGGCCAACGCAGCCGGCGGCUCUAAGGGCAACAGCCUGAAGCGCUCCAAGUCCAUCCGUCCCCCGCAGAGCCCCCCGCAGAACUGCACGCGGAGCAACUGCAAGAUCUCCUAACUGCCAUUUUCCCGGCGCACCCCCCAAACCCGACAGGCCGCCGAGCUGGAAUGACGGCGAGCGGGAUUGCUGACGGCCCGGGAUGGCAACCUUACGCGCUGGCUACGGCGCCCUCCCGGGAGAAUUGGUCCAACAUUUUUGAGUGUCCCACUGCUACUAUCCGCUACGACUCACGUGAGCGAUAAACAAGGAUUUUUCUUCACUUGUACAGACAGAGACACUCAUCGGGUGUUUCUAUUUUUGUCUUCAGUCUUCUUCUCCGCUUUCUAAAGCUCAAUAAGCUACAAGUGGUUGUACAUUGUAAAAUGGCCUCAAACACACACAAGCACAUUCGCAAAGCUCUUUGGACUGGUGGCAAGCACUCACACGCUCCUCACACACACUUGCUCACAUAUUUACUCACAAGCACUUUCAAUACUUGCCACACACUCCUCUCUCGGGGUUUUCAUUCUCACUUUUCUCAGACCAUACCAGUAGGAGUAUUCGCUCUGGAGUACUCACAGAUACCGAGUACUGAUACCACUAGUACUUUUUACAUAUAAAAUUUCAAUUAACACAAUGGCAUAUAAUUGUGGACAAAGACCUUUCUUUCUUUCUGACGCAUGUGAUGCUUCGCCCAUGUGUCUAACCGCAGCAGUGUAGCGCCAACUACUGGCGAGGAGGACUUACUCCAUGUCAUUUUCUUUUGCCUUAAAUAUCAUAUAUCAUGGCAGCCUUCACGAGUACCCGAUACCUUGCAAUGUGGCCGGUAUCGGUACUCGCCCAGCCCCACUCCUCACGCACACACACAUCUCAGAACCUCCUCGCACACUCUCGUAACACACACUCAUACACUCACACACACGCACUCAUGCCCACACACAAUUCAUACACCUCUCACACACUUGUCACACACACCCGUUUACUCUCCUCACACACUCAUACACUCCUAACACACACACACACACACACACUCACAUUCCUCUCACACUAUUUAUACACGCGCUUCAAACACACAUACACUUCUUACACACUCAUACAUGCCUCACACCCGAGCGCCUCUUUUUUACUGGCCUUCGUAUGUCAGGAAUUCGCCAUCUUGCAUGUGAAGCUAACACAACUCGUCCUGACUUGUUCCUGGUCCUGACCUGUGACUAGCAGAGUUUUUCGCUUGUCUGAAAUUGGAACGAUUGGAUGCACCAAGCUUAUAUUUCCUCUCUUUUCUGUGCAUCCCCCCACCCACCCACUUUACCAGUUGCAAUGACUUGUUGCCGUGAAAAGUGACUCAUCUAUUUAAAGUCCCUCACAAUUGUUUCAAACUUGACAAGAGUGAAGGACUCUUUUUGUACUUGCCUACUACGACUGCUACUACUUGCACUGAGGCCCCUUUUUAGACCCAAACACCUGCCUCCCUUUAGCCCCAUGUGGCACACUUCCUUCUCUAGAUUUGGCUAAAAUGAGCACGUGUUGGGGGUGGGAAAGGUUCUCUUCAAGGCAGGGAGUCAUUCUAGUGUAAGGGAUUUGAGGUGUGUCGCGCGAAGACGCCUUUCAGCCGCGUGAAAUUAUUAUUACAAUGUUUUUUUUUUUAACCUCAUCGGGGAGCCGAUUCGCUUAGAAGCGUGUCGCUGGGCGUCAUAAUGCGUUUGUUGAAUAUUAAUAUUACACUCAUCCACAAUUCCAAUAUCAGUUAAUGUGGGACAGCUAAAAUCCUAAUGAGCACAAGUUAAACUUUUUUUUUUUUUUCUAUUUUUAUCUUAAUUAACAGUUAUUAUUAUUAUUAUUUUUAUUUUUAAUUUUUUUUUGCAUGUUGCGUUCUAUUUUCAGACCAGAGCACCGCAGAUAAUUCAGGUGCAAUCGUGAGAAAAAUUGGCAAGCGAGACUAUUUUACUGCGCAAGUCCCAUGGGAAUUCCUGCUGAGAAGCGUUGCAGUUAGGUGUCAUCGUGCAGUAUCAUAAAUGUGACGGAAUCACUCCCUAUCUGCUGUAUAAUGCCUUACAUUGGCCAUUUUGUAGUGCUGUGUGAAUGUAUAUUAAGUAUAGGUUAUCCUCCUCUUUGUAUUACACAAUGCACCUCGAAAAGUAGUUAACAACCGAAAAAGGCCACUAGAAAACAACAUCAGUCAUUCACUCAUUCCCUACUCCCUAAUCACUACACACGGAUUUUGAUAUAAAUGGAUUUAUGGACUAUGUAGUCAAUUUAUCCGUCAAGUAAAAAAAUCAUUUUAGAACAUUGCUCACGUGCGCUCCUAAUUACGUCAUUGCUAUUGCACAAUUACAAUGCACCGGAUCUUAGUCGAAAUUAGAUUUUUUUUUUUUUUUUUGUCGAUUUAAGAACAACAUUGAAGUUGUCUUGAACUUUUAUGCUACUUUUUAAAAAGUGGCCUAUAUAGUUGACCAAAUAAAUAGUCCACUAGAUAAAAAUCCAUAUCUCCAAAUCUUCUGUAUUGACGAGGGAUUAGGGAACGACUGAAUGAUUCUGAACACAGCCCGAGUCUUCUGAUGUCAGCCUGGUUGCUUCCCACGUGCACCACGCCAUGAUUCAUUGCUGCUGAAUAAUAGAUGCUCCUCGCUUGGAUCUCAGGAGGGAUUCUUCUCUUCUUCAUCAGUGUGCUGUGGCUCUAUGGUGCACUUUCAUCUUCCCUCUUCCACAGCUCUCUUUUUCGCCGCCGUUUUUUCCGCAACAACCUGACCUCGCAACACAUUAGUCCUAUCUCUUGUCAUAACCGGCAGCAUAAAGAGACCAUAUGAGUGUUCUAGCACUUUUAUUUAGCUUUUUUUUGUCCAUUUAGGCCAUGUGUCAAACUCAAGCUCUCCGGGGCCAGAUCCAUUUUUUGUGGCCCACUAAAGCAAAUCAAGUGUGUCUAGUUCGUGAGAUGGAUUUGUUCUCAUUUUGGCUGAAAUCUUAAUGAAGAUUUCAAAUUUGUAAUCACUUUUUUUUACAGAUUUUACACAUUUUUUUUUUGCCCCUACCAAAUUCCUUAUCAUAAAUUGAAAAAUAGUAUUUGUAUUUGGUUGUCCCUGUUUUCAUUGACUUCUGAUUCAAAACUCAGUUUGUUAAAAAUAUAAAUACCUGUACAGUGAACCUCUGAGCCCUGUCGCGAAUAAUGAAAUCCUGCAAAGUACUGGAUGCCUCCGCCACUGAAGGGUAAUAAUUAUAUAUGCCACAAGGUGGUGGCAAAGCACUACUUCUAUCUAAAUAAAACUCCUCCACUCACUUCAACAUAUUUCCUUUGCACCAAGAUGGCACCAAAGGACCACUUUUGUCUAAACGAAGCUCCUUAUUUAACUUUAAAAUAGUUCCUUGGUGACAAGAUGGUGCCGAAGUACUUUUUUGUCAAAUUGAAGGUCGACAAUUCCAUUCAACAUAGUUGCUUGGCACCUGAGCACAAAAACAUUUUUUAACCGAAUAACAGAGGAUAGGUUCCCAAAAAAUCUUCAACUGUGUGGGGAACACAAAGCAGGAAUAAGGGGCUCGAAUUUAUUAUUAUUUUUUUUAAUCAAAUGCGAUUUUAAACAGUAAUUGAAUGCACAGUAACCCAUAACAAGAAUAGAAAUUUAACACAAAUUACAUUUGAAUUAUUUAUUAUUAAAAAAAAAAAUUUUUUUUUAAAUUUUCAUUCUUGUGAUGAAUCACGCUUAUAGUCAUGAUGCUCAAGAGCGACAAUUGGUGGCCACUAUGUAAAUACGCCUCGGUUGAAAUACUGAAGGAGCGAAGUCGAGUUGAAUCCCGAAGGUUGCACCCACUUUAUAAAUGUCAGCGCUAGUUCUUUUAUUGCUUGGGUCUGAGCACAAAAACUGCUAAUGAUAUAUCAUUUUAGCAGAGGAUAGGUUGAAAAAAAGUCAGCAAAAAAAAAGAUCAUUUGCAAUUGUCGACACCCAGCACUCAUUUCGCCGCUUGUAUCCGUGAUAUGAUCAUACUUUAUAUUAUUGUCACCGUCAUAAAAGGAGUUCAACAUGCCUGAUUUAGUGAUCAAAUUACUGUAACGAAACAGAAAAAAAGCCACAUGAGAUCUGUUUUCUUGCCAUCUUUUGUUAAUCUUAGUCCAAUUUCAUCUCCAAACUGAAAUCCCGGUUGUUUGUGUGAAGGAGUGUAACAUCAAAUUUCCGAACAAAUCUGGCAAAAAUAUGCUUUUUUUUUUUUUCUUUUUUUUUUCUCUUCUCUCUCUCUCUCUCUCUCUCCUCCCCCCCUCUCUCUCUCUCCUCCCCCCCCCACCGCACUGGCUUUGGUGGAGCAGCCUCAGGCUGUAAUCCCGUACUGAGAAUGUUCCUGGCACAAGUAGCCGGCGUGUGGUGGAUUUUUGUGUUUAGAGUGACACUCCUGUUGUUGGGAAUGCGUUUCCUUCCUUCCUGCCAGCCCAUGCUGCUGCUUUUCCACCAGUGGCUUUCUGAAAACUGGACAAGUCAUAAGUACACAAAAUGGAAGAAAAACAUAUCUUGAGAUAUUCAAUGUACUUUAUGUUCUUUCUUCUACCCUUGACAUAAAGCAAACACCUUUUAAGUCAUUUUUCUUGUUUUGUAUCCUCUCCGAUUGAUUUCCUGCCUCUGGAUGAAGUGGAAUAUAAACUAGAGCAGCAAUGGAACGAAUGUUUUUGUGCCACUUAAGUUUUUCAAACUGUGCUCUGCGUCGUUGCCAAGAAUUCCACAAGAGCUUAUCCUCUCU